UUAUCACGAAUUCAAACACUAAUUUCGAAUGAAAAAACACAGAUAUUGUAUGGAUAUCUGUGAUUAAAAACAACACUCAAUAUCCAAUGAUUGCUGUGUAAUAUUAUGAUACUACAUUGUUAUUUGUCAAAUUUUAAUUUAUUAACACUUCACUGUCUGUGAACGAAUUAGCCAAUUUGUUAUUAGUAUUUAUUAAAGUAAUAAGUGUUAUAUUUAUACCUAGUUAUGAUGUAUUUUGAUAUUUGACGUGUGUGCAAGUACUAUAUGGUUGCUGUAUAAAAUCAGUAAUGGAAACCGUUAAAGAUAGUAUAUCUGGUUGUGUGCUUAAAUGCCUUCGAAAUGUUAAAGAUGUUUCUCACAGUUUACAUCCACUUAAAUAUGGAGUGAAUACUAUUGGAAGAGGAUUAAAUAAUGAUAUUGUACUUAAAAAUUUAAAUGUAUCAAGAACGCACUGUCAUUUACGUGUAGAAAAAAAAGGAUCUAUAGAUAUUGCAUAUGUCAAAGAUUUGGGAACAUCAAAUGGAACUAUUGUUGGCAAUAUAAAUUUAAAGGAAUUUGAUGAACAUGAACUAAAUGAUUUAGAUAUCAUAAUUUUGGCUAGUGGUGAUGAAGGAGUGGUACUUCAAUAUAUCAAUAAAAUUGAUUAUUCUGCUAAUUUUACAAAUUUGUGUAAUAAUGAAAUUAGUCACAAGAGGAAAGUAUUUAGUGUGGACAAUUUUGAUGAACCAACAGCUGUAAAAAUUCCUAAACUAGCGCUAGAUAUACCAAGUGUAUUUAAAGAGCCAUUUUCAAAUGAAAAUAAAGACGUAUCAACAAAAAUGACAAUAUCACCUAAUAUUGCUACUAAUAUUCAACAAAUAAAUUCUAAACAAUCAAUGUCAACUAGUUCUGUUUUAGAGUCUGUAAAAGAUUCAUGUAAUCAGAUAUUAACUUCAGAUAAAUCUUUAAUUGUUUCAUCAAAUAAUACAGAACCGUCUUGUUCUUAUUAUAAAAAUAAUUUACAAACUUCAUUGAAAAUAAAAACAGAACAAAUAAAUAUAAAUAAUGUAUUAAGCCAAGGAACAUAUCGAAAUGAAGAAGAUAGUGUAAUUGUCAUUUAUUCAUCUGAUGAAGAAAACGGUUUAGAAUUUGUACUACCUAAUAUUAAAAUUGAAUUAGAAAAAAUGCAUGUUGAUUCAAAACCAGCUACUGAAUUAUAUCCAUCUACCACCAAAGAUGAAAGCAAGUUAAAUGUUCUUGAAUCGCCCAUUCAUUUCCAAAGAAAUGAAACAGUAAGUGAAGAUGAUGAUGAUGAUGAUAUCAUUUUUAUCCCUCCGAUAUCAAAUUCUAAUAAUAAUAAUACUUUGAUAAACUCAAAUGAUAGUGAUGAUGAUUAUAAUAGUAAAUGUCCUGAAGUAUUUGAACCGCUUCCAUCAAGAGCUAUUAUAAAAAGAGGGAAAACUAAAGUAUUGGUUGAAAAUGAAAAUGUAAUAAAAACUAGAGCUAGAUCAGAAAAAAUUAUAAAUAACAAAAAAAAAGCUGAAAAAAUGACUACAGAUCAAAAUAAACAAAUUAUUCAAGAAAGAAGAUUGAAACUACAAAAAUUAGCUAGAGAUAAAUUAUCAAUUUUAUCACCUGAGAAAAAAGUAUCAAACACUAUGUUGUUGACUGGUGUUGAUUAUAUUAAUAAAUGCUCAACAACUGAAAAGUUAAAGAAAAAAACUAGAAUAUCUAGAUUGCAGAAUAGUAGUUAUGAUUGUAUACCAAGUACAUCAAAAUUACAAUUAGCUACAGAAAUUGAUAAAAAUAUUACAUUAAGUAAUGCAAAUCAAGUUAAAUUUAAUAACCAAGAAAAAACAUCCAAAAUAAACUUUAUAAAUAAUAUAAGUUCUUUGUCAUCAAAAAUUGAGCUUCUUAAUUUUGCUUAUUUUGACACACUUAGCAUAAUAUGUAAAUGGAAUGCUGUAUGGUUACGCGAAGAAAAGUUUGUUGAUAAACCUCCACCAUUGGUAAAAACUAUAAUUAAAAUGAAAGGAGAAUUUGUAAAUCCAUCAGAUUAUUCUUCUUCAAUGAAACCAUUGUUGUUGUAUGAAAUUUGGUCAAAAAUAAGCGAAUCAUACAAUAUGAUAUUAAAUAAAAAUCCAAAUUUGGAGAAAUAUAUUUUUGAAAAAUCCUUAAAAAAAGAUACACCACUUCAUACAUUUGAUAUUCAAUCUGUCAAUAAAGAAUUUUCCAAAUCAGUAAAAGUUUUACAAUCUAUAAGUGGGCCAUUAUGGUGUUUGAAAUGUAUAGAAACAAAUAAAAAGAAUCAAGAGACAUUAACAAGACCAAGAUUUUCACUUAAAGGUUAUUUGUGUAUUGUUAUAAUACAAUCAAAAUGCUUUGAAACAGAUGCUGUUAGAGUGAAAAGACCUACCAAGUCAAGAAAUAUAUUUUUUGCUUAUGUAAAUGUAGCAAAAAAAAUAGGUUACCAUUUAAGCACCCAGUUGUAUAUUGAACUUAUUGUAACUAGAAAGACUGAAAAUAUUCCAAAUGGAACAACUAUUCAUUUAAUGGAUAUUUUUUAUUUACACUCAGAAUUACGAUUAUUUCAAGCUAUAAAUAAUGUGACAUCAUCUUCAUUGAGCAAAGCACUUAUUACUCCACAAAUUCAUAACAACACUCUUGAUUAUUCAAAAUCUGUUUUAAAAAGUUUUAAUAUAAAUAGUUUAACAUUAAACAAUAGUCAAAAGGAAGCAGUAAAAAUGGCUAUUACAAUUUGCUCAGCAAAAGAACCUAAUGUAGGUUUGAUUAUUGGACCUCCAGGCACUGGCAAAACAAAUGUAAUCUGUAAUAUUAUAUUAACUUUUAUGUCCAAACAUGCAAAAACCAAUAAUAGACCUAAGCUUCUUAUAUGUGCUCCUUCUAAUGAAGCUGUUGAUGCUAUCGUAAAACGAAUCAUAGAAAUUAAAAAAGACAUAAAAAAUGAAUUACAAUUUAAUAUUGUUAGAGUAGGCAGUGGACAAAAAUAUGACCCACAUUCUCCUAUUGCUGAUGUAAUGCUGGACAAUUUAGUAAAAUAUAGAAUGAACAAUCCUUUAAAUGAACCUGAUCAACCAGGCCAAUCAAAUACUUUGUCAAUAUUUACCAAUAAGAGAGAUCUUGAAGAAUACAUACUUAAAAAUACUGAUGUUGUUUUAACUACUCUAAACUCUUGUUUUUCGAAAACCAUGGAAAAUUCCUUUAUGCCUUCAGCUAUUAAAACAAUGAGUAGUUGUCAUUUUACUGCUUGCAUAGUUGAUGAAGCUGGGCAAAGUAUUGAACCUCUUAAUUGUGUUCCAAUAUUACUUGGUAUUGAUAAAUUAAUUUUAGUUGGAGAUGAUAAACAGCUACAACCAUUAAUAAAGAGUAAAGUGGCUAAAGAUAAUGGGCUAGGUAUUUCCUUGUUUAAACGGCUUAAAACAUGGUUUGAACAUAAGCGCUAUACACAAAAAAGUUUGCCAAUUAAAAUUUUGGAUGUACAAUAUCGAAUGCAUCAUGAAAUUUGUCAAUUUCCAUCAGUUUAUUUUUAUAAAAGUCUUAUUAAAACUGCUCCAUCUGUCAAGAAGAGAAAAAAUCUACCAUUUCAGCCAUAUUUAAUAUUAGAACAUGAAAGUCAACAAGAUUGUUCAGGUGAAAUAAACUUAGGGGAAGCUAAUAUGAUUGUGAGUUUAGUAGAGAUUUUACUGAAUUCGGAAUGUAAAUCAUUAGACAUUGCUGUAUUAACACCUUACCAUAAACAGAGAGAAAAAAUUAAUGUAUUGUUAGGGAAUAAGAAAAUGUCAUUGAACGUUAACACAAUAGAUUCAUUUCAAGGUGGUGAAUGUGAUGUUCUAUUGAUAUCAGUAGUUCGUACUAACGGAGUUGGAUUUUUAGAUGAUAUUUGUCGUUUGAAUGUCGCUUUAACGCGUGCCAAACAAUCUUUAAUUAUAUGUGGUAAUUUUAAGUCUUUAAAAGGUGAACGGGUAUGGUGCGACUUAUUAGAAGAUGCAAAAAAACGUAAAUUAAUUAAAAAAGUGUCAAAAAAUGUAUUUUCUAAUUCUAAAGCUUUGUUGACUAUGAUAAAAUACUAAUUUGUAUUUGUUAUUAAAAAUAAUUAUUAACAUUA